AUGGCCUCCCUUGCGCGUCAGCUUAUUGGGGGUCUGACGCGAAUCCUGCAGUCUUCUCCUCAAGUCUCAGAGACCUGGUUUGUGCUCGUCGUCGAUGACUGUGCCAGGCAGGUUCUCAGGCACCUCUUGGGUGCUCGAGAUAUGAUGGUGCGGAAUGUUGCACUGAUCAUCGGGAUCGAAGAUCAGCGACAGCCCAUUCCGACAGCCUGUGCAGUGUAUUUCUGCAGCCCAACACAGAAGAACUUCGGGCUUUUUCAUGGGCACAUCAAGGCAGGAUACUAUGCAAGCUACGAAUUCAUUGCCUGCACCGGGCCCACGCAGCUACAUCAACUUGCAUUCUCUGAGUUCCGGGCAGAUGUGGCAGCAGGAAAACUGGUUACACGCCUUAUUGAGUAUCCUAUGUCUCUUCGCAUGAUCUGUGAUGACAUCUACACGGUAUACACUUCCUCUGCAGAACCAAGUGACGUUUUGAAAGCAAAUGUGCGCGCUUUGUAUUCGUACUUUGCUUCCUUUUCAAGAGGGGAUGAGGAUGCAUUGAACCGUACUCUCCGGAUCCCGUAUAUCUACACAUGCGGCAAGAAGGCUAAGCAGCUUGUCCUCGCAUUCUUUGAGGAACUCCAAGCGAACAACAUUCGCUCAGAACGUCUGGCAGGGCACGUCCUUAUGCUGGCAGAUAGAGAGGCAGACCCUAUACCCUUGUUCUAUCAUCCUUACACGUACACUGGCCUCAUGAGCGAUUUAGGGAUCUUCAGCGGUGGUGAUAGUGAUAAGAAGGAUGAGCCCCCUCUUGGUCUCGGGCCGGCGUUCCAGGACGCCAUUUUCAAGACCAUCCGCACCCAGCACUUCACCACUGCCACAGAACAUGUGAACAAGCUACUGCAUGAUCUCUCAAACAACUACGCAUCUGCUAUGGAUGCCAAAGCAGCCUAUAGUCAUCUUUUAAAUAAUAUGGACACCAUGAAGACCAAGAAGGCGAACUGUGAGCGCCACACAAACAUUUGCAGCAAGCUACUGACCUAUAUAACAGAAGAGUCCAUCAAGAAAUAUAUUGAUAUUGAACAGGAACAGAUUAGUAGUCAGCGCAAGAGUCUCUUUGCUUUGAGCGCAGCAUUGACCUCACGAGGAGCGUCUCUCACAAAGGAGGAAGAGGAGCAUUUGGUCAGGACUAUUAUCUGUGUGCUUCUUGGCUCGCAAGAUAAUCUUGAUGCCCUCAUUAAUGGGCUUUUCGCAAAGGUCAAGGACCUUCUAGACUUGCUUUCCUCUGUCAGCGGAAUAGGACCGACAGAUCUGCAGACUGCACUUCAAUCCUACGCCUUUCGUAUCCGUGACGCAGGGACAGCCGUAAGACCUUCUGGAGAUCAGCAAGCAAAGUCUGGACAGUGGCAAGCGAUGGAUGCGUUUGUUGACGUAGCUAUGGCCUUCGCUAAGAAAGGGAUUGAUGCGCUCAUGGGUAAGCAGACCUCUCUUCUUGCACUUUUGCUCACACUCAUUGCGCCGUCAACCCUCAGUCAGCCACGGUACAACAACUACUUCUCUCUGGAGGCAUACGGCGGCACAUUCCACGGCGCCGCCACUACAGUCGGUCUUUUCAUUGUCGGAGAAGGGUCUCUUGAAGAGGCCAGUCGGCUGAAACUGGAGAUCCAGCAAGCGUUCCGGGAGAAUCAGAUGGACGCCCCCAAUGUGACCUAUGGGUGCACAUCUUUCCCAGCAAAGCGUAUGCCUGCACUUUCUGCAUUGAUUAAGGCAGCCACUUAG